UUUCCAUUUUCAUUUGCAAUCUGUUGGAUUGGCACCACUCAGAGGAGGCCUUCUCCUGUUGGCUGCCUCCAUUUUCGGUGUUGAAGUUCAUCAGACCCCAGGGCUCGGACUGAUCGAUUCUUGAAAAAUCAAAACACAAAUCACAAGCUUUCGAGAUGGUCCAGAUAGCAGACAAAUUGAUGAAGAUCGCCACUUUCAACAUUCGAUACUCUCCAUUCAAGCCUAGCAGUCAAUUAGCCUCAAACCAGAUCCUUCUUGCGGGCGAUGGCGAGGCACCAUGGGCGAGUCGACUGCCGUUGAUAAUGGACCAAAUCAACUGGGAAUCGCCGGAUAUCAUCGGCUUCCAGGAAGUGCUCGAGCAUCAGUAUCACGACCUCAAAGACCAAGCAUUCUUCAGACAAUAUACUUCGGUGGGAGUCGGACGAGAUGAUGGGGUCACCCGUGGCGAAUACGUCCCGUUAUUUUGGAGGACGGAUAAAUUCCAAGCUCUCAGCGUUAAACAUUUUUGGCUGUCCGAUCAGCCCGACGUACCUGGCUCGAUCGGUUGGGACGCUGGCCAAACCAGGAUGGUGACUUUGGUCCAUUUACAACCGAUAUCGGCAGACGUGAGCCCUGAUGAGGAAUCAAAACCACCAUUUUUCGUCAUGAACACGCACUUCGAUGAUCGUGGUUUGAAAGCUCGGACCGAAUCAGCAAAAUUGAUCUUACGGAAAGCGAAUGAAUUGAUAACUGAGACUGGUCUUCCAAUACUCCUGAUGGGCGACUUCAACGCCCCUAGUCAAGAGGCUGCGUACAAGGUCCUUACCGGAAAAACAUCGGAUGAUGGGACACUCCAACCGACGGAUCAAUCGUCACAAUAUUGUGCCGCUGGACUCGAGCGAGUCCACGGUCAAGCCCAAUCCUCUUGUGUCGAACCUUCGCAACAGGUCCUGACUGGAAGACCCCCACACCACGAUGCUGUAGUAGCCAGACAAUCGAUUCAACAUUUCAAAGAUUGUGGAUCGGAGGUGGGACGACCGUACGGUGCAUUUAAAGCGACAUUCACCGGCUUUCAGAACAACCCAAGGGAUGCCCAAGUGAUCGACUUUAUCAUGAUCAUGCCAAGGCCUCCGUCGCUUUGGAAAGUGGUCAAGUACGGCGUUAUUCCAAAUCAGUUUCAGAACGAGCCGCUUGCCAGCGAUCAUCGUAUGGUUUGUGCUCUCAUCCAAGUCGAGUGAAGUGCUCUAUCUCUCGCAGACUCGCUUCGCUGUUCCCUGAAAGAAGAAGAACCCAUGCACAAAAAAUGUGAGAAAAUCAAUCAUAAAUCGCAAGCAGGUGUACA